AUGGAGCUGCCGGCGGUGGCGGCAGCGACGGCGGCGGCGGGCAGCGAGGGCGGCGGGGCGUCGGGCUCGGGGCCAUCGGGCGGCAGGAGGCCCCCACGGGUGUCGGGGGGCCCGGCCGGCGGCUCGCGGCAGCCCAGCGUGGAGGCCCUGGACAGUCCUACAGGCUCACAUGUUGAAUGGUGUAAACAGCUUAUAGCUGCUACAAUUUCUAGUCAGAUUUCAGGUUCAGUGACAUCAGAAAAUGUUUCCAGAGAUUACAAGGAGAUUCAGGAAGAACACAAUGGCUACCCUUCUGAUGCUGAAGCUGAUCAGGCUCUACGGGAUGGAAAUAAGCUGGCACAAAUGGAAGAAGUACCACUAUUUCCAGGAGAAUCAAUUAAAGCCAUUGUGAAAGAUGUCAUGUAUAUCUGCCCAUUUAUGGGAGCAGUGAGUGGAACCCUGACAGUGACCGACUUCAAGAUGUACUUCAAAAAUGUCGAGAGGGAUCCACAUUUCAUCCAGGAUGUUCCCCUGGGAGUAAUAAGCAGAGUUGAGAAGAUUGGGGCCCAGAGCCAUGGAGACAACUCUUGUGGCAUUGAGAUUGUGUGCAAGGAUAUGAGGAAUUUGCGACUUGCAUAUAAACAGGAAGAGCAGAGUAAAUUGGGGAUAUUUGAAACUCUCAACAAACAUGCCUUUCCUCUUUCCACUGGGCAGACACUAUUUGCAUUCAACUAUAAAGAAAAAUUUCCAACCAAUGGAUGGAAAGUUUAUGAUCCUAUAUCUGAAUACAAGAGACAGGGCUUGCCAAAUGAGAGCUGGAGAAUAUCCAAAGUGAACAGUAAUUAUGAGCUGUGUGAUACCUACCCAGCCAUCAUUGUUGUUCCCACCAGUGUAAAAGAUGAUGACCUUUCCAAAGUAGCAGCCUUUCGAGCAAAAGGCAGAGUCCCUGUGCUGUCAUGGAUUCAUCCAGAAACUCAGGCAACGAUUACACGAUGCAGCCAGCCACUUGUGGGUCCCAAUGAUAAGCGCUGCAAAGAAGAUGAAAAAUACUUGCAAACAAUAAUGGAUGCCAAUGCACAGUCCCACAAACUCAUCAUCUUUGAUGCCCGGCAGAACAGUGUUGCUGACACCAACAAGGCCAAGGGUGGGGGCUAUGAAAGCGAAAGUGCCUACCCCAAUGCUGAGCUGGUGUUCCUAGAGAUUCACAACAUCCAUGUGAUGCGGGAGUCACUGCGCAAGCUAAAGGAGCUCGUGUACCCGGCCAUCGAUGAGACUCGGUGGCUGUCCAGUGUCGAUGGUACACACUGGCUGGAGUACAUACGGAUGCUUCUGGCUGGAGCAGUACGGAUUGCAGACAAAAUAGAAUCUGGGAAAACAUCGGUGGUAGUGCACUGCAGUGACGGUUGGGACCGCACGGCCCAGCUGACAUCACUGGCUAUGUUGAUGCUGGACAGUUACUACCGCACCAUUAAAGGCUUUGAGACUCUCAUAGAAAAGGAGUGGAUAAGCUUUGGACACAGCUUUGCACUGCGUGUGGGCCACGGCAAUGACAACCAUGCAGAUGCUGACCGCUCGCCGAUAUUUCUACAGUUUAUUGACUGUGUUUGGCAAAUGACAAGACAGUUCCCCUCAGCCUUUGAGUUCAACGAGUUGUUGUUGGUCACCAUCCUGGACCACCUCUAUAGCUGUCUCUUUGGGACCUUCCUGUGCAACUGUGAAAAGCAGCGGUUCAAAGAGGAUAUACAUACAAAGACUGUGUCUUUAUGGUCUUACAUCAAUAGCCAGCUAGAUGAAUUUUCUAACCCCUUCUUUGUGAAUUAUGAGCACCACGUCUUAUAUCCGGUUGCUAGUGUGAGUCACUUGGAAUUGUGGGUAAACUAUUAUGUGCGAUGGAACCCACGGAUGAGGCCUCAGGUGCCAAUCCACCAGAACCUGCGGGAGCUGCUAGCCGUGCGUGCUGAGCUGCAGAAGCGCGUGGAGGAACUGCAGCGGGAGGCAGCUACACGCGCCUCAUCCUCACCUGAGCGCUCAUCACCUUCACAGCCCGUCACCCCAGUGCACACUUCAGUGUGAUACCCUGGGACCCUGCAGGAGCACUGGGCCCUGUGCCCCCUACACCUGGCACUGCCCGCCCAGAUGACAGCUCCCCGUGUUGUCACGUGCUUCUUGUGUUGUGAACGCACCUCACCUGGCCUGGUGCUUGGGGACCUGGAAUUCCAGGGUGCUGGCGGCAGGGGAUCCCCGAUAUAGGGUGGCAGGAAUGAUGUCUGCACGUGCUCUUCCGCAACUGUGCCCGGAGAAGUGUCGGGUGCAACCUGCUGGGGUUUCCUAGUCUUCCACACACUAAGGAUGGCCUGGACCUUUUCCCCAGCUCCCUCACUUCAGGUGGUACGUUUGCCUCUGGGCCUUGAAGGGGCUACACUGAUGCCCCCCAAAACUGGUACAGUGCCCGAGGUGGCCGGGCACUUCAUGGCAAGUGCGGGUGAACCCAGAGUCUGACGACAUGGGCCAGGCCCAUGUGAAGAGGAGGCUCAGGCCUUCCUGUGUUUGUGCAUGUUCGGAACAGCACAGCAUGCUCGGGCCCUGGUUUCCCCAUCCCAUCUCUUCCCCCAUUGUGUGCUGCUGCAGCUCCCCAAGAGCCAAGCUCUUGGCUGCGUGGCCUGGGGAAGUGGUGCCUCCACCCUAGUUUUCAAAUGGAUUUUUCAGAGUUUUUUUUAAACAAAGAUGUUUUUUCAACUUGGAAUCUUCUGGUUCUUAUAGCAAUUUUUCUGGUCUAAAUACUUAUUUACUCAAGCUCAUUUGAUACCCUACAAUGCUUCAUUUUUAUCAUCUGAGGGCUUGGUUUCUAAAUCCUAGUUUGAGGUCACCUUGGCUUAUUUUGAACUUCUCACUGAUAUGGAUUUCCACAGCAAUAGUGGUUCUUUCCCGUCCCCCUGCCUCCUCCCCCCAAACUGCGCCCAGUUGCAUUAGGAAGAUGAUCCUGGUGUGGCUGGGACAAGGCUCUUGAGAGGACCAGGAGAAAGUGGCCUUAGGCUGGCCGAGGUAGGUACCCCUGGGGUGCCCUCACACCUCGCAGCAUCCUGCUGGUCCCUUUCUGGCCUGCGGACGCACAGGCAGACCUUCAACCCCCAACUCGAGUUCUGGAACCUGAGCACUUCUUGUUUUCCAUUUUCCUGAAGUGUACGACAGUAUGCACCUGUUCCAUUCCGAGUUUUCCGAGCUGCCAUGAUACUGUAUUUGCCUCAGCCGAUGCACUGUAUCUCCCUGUAAUUAAAGGACCGUGUUUUCCCUGUG